UGAUUUCUCCUUCCGGGUUCCUGCAGCCAGUUUGUUUUGUUUUGGGAGUAUCAGCGCGGACUCAAUAUGACCUGAAAACCUCACUCGGCGGAUUAAGUCGCUCCUUUUCUUGACUUUAGUUGAAGAAUGUGACGUCUUUUGACGUUUUACACGACGCUCUGGCUCGGUGAAAAGCGGACAAGUGUCGUCUCCGUGAUUUCAUCCUGACCUGAGACACCUGUUGCUCCGGUUUCGACGUACAGGUGCCACUCAGGGAGAAACUCGAAACUUGGGAUUCAUUUCACUUUUAUUUUUCUUUAUUAUCAUUUACAGGCAGUAUGAAAGUUACUGUAACCUUCGGGGACACUUCAGUGGUUGUUCCCUGCAAACCUGGAUGGACUGUCCGGGAUUUAGUGGAGCAAGCCGCGCGCAGAUACCGCAGGGUUGAACAGCAUGGGGAGACUGCAGUGAAGACCCAUCACUUGGAGUACAUCGACGGGGGGAUCCUGGACAUGGACGACCCGCUGAGCGACCUCGUGGAAGACAGAGACAAGCUGGUUGCUGUGUUCGAUGAAGUCCACCGCUGGAGGACAGACAGCCCCAGAGAGAGCAUGUCCAACGGCUACGCCAGCUCCACCGCCAGCCCCGAGCCGCUCGCCUACUACCCCCACCUGCAGUACGAGGAGCCGGCCAGAGGGGAGAUCGAAGUGAACGAGGCCAGCCUCAAAGCCA